AUGUUUAAAACGAAGGAAACAUGUGAAUCACGUGUACAAUCACUAUUUAAUGAUGAUUUAAUUUUCUAUCAUUCUUUGAUAAUGUCAGGUGUUUUAAUAAAGACUACUGCGACUGCUUACAGAAAAUUAGUUGCUGACAGUUGUAUCUCAUUCAGUUUUGCUCAUGAUAAAGUAAAAUAUGAUCUUAUUCGAGCUAUUGUUCAAUUACAAAAAAACACCAUUCGUCUUUUCAUCGGAGAACUUGUAGAAAUUAAACCUGGAACAUUAAAAAUUAAAUUUAAUAUUUCUAAUGCUCAAUAUCAAGUACCUAAUAUUUUAUGA